AUGGGUGCCAGUGUCAGUACGCCCGUUUCACCUCCGGAAACCAAACCGGCAGCCGAUGGCUGUCCAGUCGACCAUAAGACUCGAGAGAUCUGGCUAGCUCAAAAUAAGAACGCCUCACCACACAAUAUUCCUUCCCAGGACUCAAAAGAACGUCCGGCUAAGCUUCAAAGACCCCUCUCUACCGAUCGCGAAGUCAGUAGUAUCCCACGAGCAUUACCUUCUAGCAAACCAGUUUCUGAAGAGCCACCACCUCCUACGUCCCCAUACGCGCAACAGCCUGCAGUACCGGUUGCUUCACACGGAAUACCCUCGAAUGCUGAAUCCGAAACCGGCGCCGACGGCAAAACCGGAAACUGGAUAUAUCCAUCGGAACGACAAUUCUUCGAUGCAGUACUGCGCAAAAACAACACACCCUCAUCUACAAAAAAUGCGACUGAACUAGCCACAUCCGUGGCGUCGAUAAUACCAAUACAUAAUGCUGUGAACGAACGAGCUUGGGCGGAGAUAUUAGACUGGGAAUCAAAGGGACCUACGUCGGAUCCUGGAAGCAAAAAAUGCGGAGGGCCCAAAUUAUACUCUUUCCGGGGGUUAGGGGCCGAGAGCCAAUAUUUGAGUCCGCGUGCAAGAUGGAAUGGCUUUUUGGGUUAUCAGCUUCCCUUUGACCGGCACGAUUGGGUUGUUGAGCGAUGUGACGGCGCAAGGUUAGAAUAUGUUAUUGAUUUCUAUCAGGGCAAAUCCAACCAAAGAGGAGAUGGAGGCAAGUUGAACUUCUUUUUAGAUGUUCGGCCGAAGUUAAACUCCUGGGAAGGUAUAAGAAUGAGAGCCAGCCGGUUCGUAGGCCUGUAA